UCACCGCGCACACUUAUUUACGAAAUUAUAGUGACGUUCCCGUUGCCACAGCAACACUCCGCCCCCCGCGCGGAGUGCGGACUAGGAAGUCACCGGUAACCUUCAGUCAGGGCCGGGAGCAGCGCAGGAAAGGAGCUGACGGCGUAGGGAGCGGCCAUGGUGCUGAUCAAAGAGUUCCGCGUUAUUUUGCCUGUAUCCGUGGAGGAGUACCAAGUGGGACAGUUGUAUUCUGUGGCUGAAGCGAGCAAGAAUGAAACUGGAGGAGGAGAGGGUGUGGAAGUGCUUGUAAAUGAACCUUAUGAAAAAGAUGGCGAGAAGGGUCAGUACACACACAAAAUCUACCACUUGCAGAGCAAAGUACCAGUGUUUGUUAGGAUGCUGGCGCCCGAGGGGGCUCUGAAUAUGCACGAAAAGGCCUGGAAUGCCUACCCCUACUGUCGAACCAUAAUUACAAAUGAAUACAUGAAGGAUGACUUUUUGAUUAAGAUUGAAACAUGGCACAAGUCAGAUCUGGGUAUGCAGGAAAAUGUACACAAACUAGAGCCAGAGGUCUGGAAGAACGUGGAGGUGGUUAAUAUUGAUAUUGCUGACCGAAGGCAGGUUCUAACUAAGGACUAUAAACCAGAGGAGGACCCAGCAAAAUUUAAGUCUGUCAAGACUGGCCGUGGACCAUUAUGCCCUGAUUGGAAGAAAACUUUGGGCCAGCAGAAGGACUGUCCUCACAUGUGCGCUUACAAGCUGGUCACAGUCAAGUUCAAAUGGUGGGGUCUCCAGAACAAAAUUGAGAGCUUCAUACAAAAGCAAGAGAAGAGGCUGUUUACAAAUUUCCAUCGUCAGCUUUUCUGUUGGCUGGAUAGAUGGGUGGAACUAACAAUGGACGAUAUUCGCAGAAUGGAAGAGGAGACAAAGAAACAGCUUGAUGAGAUGCGAGAGAAGGAUCCAGUGAAAGGAAUGAUGGCUGCAGAUGAUUAAUACUGUAGUGACUUCUUUUGAAGUUUUGACCAAUUGGAAGACUCCAUGCUCCAGUCCUGAUAGAUAACCAACUUGUGGAUCAAGCCCCAUUUCCUGUUUUGGCAGACUAUUUUAACCCCUUUGUAGCGAAUUCUAGGCACCUCUCAAUAUCAUGAGCUAGCAUUCCCUUUACACGCAAUAAAUAUAUAUAUAUAUUUAUAUAUAUAUAUAUAUAUAUAUAUAUAUUAUAUAUAU